AUGAUCUGUCAACAUUCAGCUUUAAUAAAAUUAGCGACGUCUCGAGAGGAUCUCAACUCAACUUAGAGCUAGGGCACUGAUUCCUCGCCUAGCUCUGCCACCAAUUUAUAACUCAAGCAUGAAAAAUCAAUCGAGUCGAACCAUGAUACUGAUGAGAACUACAUGAACUGCCAAGAGUGUGGAGCUCUCAUUACUAAUUAAGGGGUGAAAGCUGUCAAAGAUGAUAAGUUUUGCUUUUUUGCUGAUAUUUCCCCGUACGAGACACUUAAGAACAAUUUAAGGGACGAAAAUAACUACGAAAUCAUUAGUAAUCUCGAAGCCCAUGAUUAUCUCAGAGUACAUUCAUCAUUCAAAAUCUUAAUUUACUAUUUGUAGGAAAGACCCACGAUAGUUUCCCAAAUUUAUGACAUGGGCAAGAGAUACAAGCAGCGAGACGUCGUAGUUCACUUGGCAGUGGAACUUUUAGACAGAUUUUUCCUUCAAAAAGACUUGAAGUUCGAAUACUCCACGAGAUCUAUUUGCCUAUACACGUUAACUUGCUUCUUAAUAGCAAGCAAGCAUGAUGAAUUAGAUGACAAUAUCCCGCUGAUAAAAGAUUUGACCAGAUACUACUGCAGAGUACUGCCUACAUCAGUAUCAACGCCUACGUUCGACGAGAUUGUAGAGUGUGAGCGCUCGCUAAUGAAUUAUUUCAAAUGGGAUUUGAUGUUUGUGACACCUACUAUAUUAGUGCAUUCUAUGCUUGCGAAUGGAAUCGUUUUUGAUAAUGAAGACAUUGAGAGAGCUUCAUUGAUUGAAGUUGCCAGGAAAGUAAAUGAAAGAGUGAGUUUCACUCUAGAUGUGCUAGUCAAAGAGUUAUGUUUAUUCAGAGAUAAGAAGUCUUCCCAUUUGGCUUCAGUUGUGAUAUAUUUAGCUAGAAAAGAAGAGUUUGCACUCAUGAAAACAAGCCCAGAAUCCUGGACUCAAGAACUUUAGAUUAUUACUAAUUAUAGCGAGCUUGAUUUGAUAGAAAUCAGUGAGAAGCUCAGAUUGAAAUUAUAGUAACAUAGAGAUAAAGCUCAAAAUUCAGCUGCCAUUGACUCUGCUAAGGAUCAUUCCUAAAUAAAUAAGGAAAAUUAAGUCACCGCUCUAAAGCCCACAUUCACAAUUAAGACUCCAAUAAGCCCAGUAAAAUAAGUUGUGUCUACUAAUGUGUCCAAUUCAAAUCUUAAGACAAGCCAAAACUUCUAAAAUUUCAAAAAAUCAGUAUCGCCUACAGGAACUUAAAACAAGCAUGUCCCAGUUCAAUCAACUCAGAAUUAGAAGCGACCUUCUCCAUUUAGAAAUAAGUCAAACAUGCAGAACGAUAAAUUUAACAACACCAGCAGUAGUUAGCAUCCUGCUAGCACUUCUCUUACAACAAGUUCUUAUGCAUAGAAAAUCUCUAGUGGAUAGAAUCCAAGCUAUGACUAUUACCCGCACAAAACUGGCUAGGCUAGUAGUCAUCAUUAUAGUGGUUAAUCUUCAUAGAAUCAAACACUUCAUAAUCCCGCUUUCAUAAGGCCAGCAGGGGCAAGUUACUACCCACCUCAAAGACAAUCAAACUUCCCAACAUAUCAAAAUACAUCAUAAAACAAUGAUUCUUAAGUACAGGGUAGGGAGUCUCAUGGUUCUUUCAUUGGGGAUGUAACUGUCGAUGAAUCAAAUAAAUUCAUCCCAUUGAGAACAAAACAAGCUCAGACUAUGAAAUAGCUCCAGCCUACCAGUACAACUAAUAGUUCUUCAUGCAAUGAGAACAGACUCUUGCACACUGAGAGUCAUGCAGCUGGCAGUAACAUAUCAAGACAAUAUAUUGCAGGUGCCUCAUCAAUUACAAGAGAGUAUGAUAUCAACAAACUUUAAUCUUAGUUGAAUAAGGAAAAUAAGGUAACUGGUGGACAUUCAACAUAUUCUAGAAUGCCUGCUCUAAAUAGAGAAUCAGCUGAUUACAAUAGCUAAGGUAUGCCAAAUAAUGGUGCUAUGCAUACUACUAGAGUCCCACCUUAAAUGAGACCUGGUCUCAGUCAUAAAGGAUAUGAGUAUCUCUAAUCCAGAGAUGGAAGCUAGAAUAGGCUACCUCAAAUAGAAAGUUACAAAGGUUAUCAAUGCAUGCUUACACAAUCUUAAUCAUAAAUUAAGUAUGCACAGCAGUGCACUAACACUUCUAAUACAAAUGAAACAUAGCCAUCUCACACAUAACCUUCAGCUUCUUGCCAUAAUGACCCCUUGUAUAACUCCAAGAGAUCUAAGUCUUGGAAAAGAUCUGAUGAUGAAUUUCAGAGCAGAGCAUUGGCCUAAAGUUAAAACUAAAAUACAGCAAGUUUAAGACCUCCAUUGAGAAAAGAGAAUAGUCAUCAAGCCACGACUGCUAACACAAGUUCUGCAGUUAACACAUCAAGCAGCAACUAUCAUCAUCUCCCUCAUGAGCAUGUGACAAGCAAUAGCAGAACUAGACUUGGAUUGAGUAGAUUCUCAAGCAAUAAUGAUUAUCAUAGCAAUAGAGGCUAUGAUCAUAAGGACUCUAGUCUCUCCAUAAAUCAUUAUGCCAACAACAUUUAUUCAAGGGAUAACCUACACAGUCAGUAAAGAGAAAGCAGCUUGGGCAAGAGUGGCUCUGGCCUUGGAGGUCAUCGUGGCAGUCUCAUGUAGGUAAAUCCAGUUAAUCUUAGGUAAAUAUGA